AUGGUGGCCAUCGCCGUGGCUGACCGCAACGACCACGACCCCGUCUUCGAGCAGGGCGAGUACCGGGAGACCAUCCGGGAGAACGUGGAGGAGGGAUACCCCAUCCUGCAGCUGCGGGCCACUGACGUCGACUCCCCGCCCAAUGCCAACAUCCGCUACCGCUUCGUCAAUGAGCAGGCUGCCCAUGCCGUCUUUGAGAUCGACCCCCGCUCUGGCCUCAUCACCACCAGUGGGCCAGUGGACAGGGAGAAGAUGGAGAGGUACUCCUUGGUGGUAGAGGCCAACGACCAGGGGAGGGAGCCAGGGCCCCGCUCCGCCACUGUGAAGGUCUACAUCACGGUCCUUGAUGAGAAUGACAACACCCCUCAGUUCAGCGAGAAGCGCUACAUCGUCCAGGUGAGGGAGGACAUACGGCCCCACACUGAGAUCCUGCGCGUCACCGCCACGGACCUGGACAAGGACAACAACGCACUGGUCCACUACAACAUCAUCAGUGGCAACAGCCGGGGCCAGUUCUCCAUCGACAGCAUCACUGGGGAGAUACAGGUGGUGGCCCCGCUGGAUUUUGAGGUGGAGCGGGAGUACGCCUUGAGGAUCCGGGCUCAGGAUGCGGGGCGCCCUCCCCUCUCUAACAACACCGGCAUGGCCAGCAUACAGGUGGUGGACAUCAAUGACCAUGCCCCCAUUUUUGUCAGCACCCCUUUCCAAAUCUCCGUCCUGGAGAACGCUCCCCUUGGCCACUCUGUCAUCCACAUCCAGGCUGUGGACGCGGACUACGGCGAGAACUCGCGCCUGGAGUACAAACUGACAGGAGUCUCGGCCGACACGCCCUUCGUGGUGAACAGUGCCACGGGGUGGAUCACAGUCAGUGGGCCCUUGGACCGGGAGUCAGUCGAGCACUAUUUUUUUGGGGUAGAGGCUCGUGACCACGGCUCUCCAUCUUUAUCCGCCUCUGCCAGCGUCACCAUUACUGUCAUGGAUGUCAACGACAACCGCCCUGAGUUCACCCAGAAGGAGUACUUCAUCCGCCUGAACGAGGAUGCAGCCGUGGGGACCAGUGUCGUCAGUGUCACGGCAAUUGACCGGGACGUGAACAGUGCCAUCACCUACCAGAUCACAGGAGGCAACACGCGGAACCGCUUCUCCAUCAGCACACAAGGUGGGAUGGGGCUCAUCACUCUGUCUCUGCCACUGGACUACAAGCAGGAGAGGCGUUAUGUGCUCACUGUGACGGCCUCUGACCGCACCCUGCGUGACAACUGCCAUGUUCACAUCAACAUCACCGAUGCCAACACACACCGGCCCGUGUUCCAGAGUGCCCACUACUCUGUGAGCAUCAACGAGGACCGGCCUGUGGGCAGCACCGUGGUGGUGAUCAGCGCCACAGACGAUGACGUUGGUGAAAACGCCCGCAUCACAUACUACCUAGAAGACAACGUCCCUCAGUUUCGCAUCGAUCCGGACUCUGGAGCCAUCACUCUCCAGGCAGGACUGGACUAUGAGGACCAGGUCACCUACACAUUGGCUAUCACUGCCAAGGACAAUGGGAUCCCCCAGAAAGCGGACACUACCUAUGUUGAAAUCAUGGUGAAUGAUGUUAAUGACAACGCCCCCCAGUUUGUUAGCCCUCUUUACCAGGGCAUGAUCUCUGAGGAUGCACCUCCUUUCACCAGCGUGCUCCAGAUCUCUGCCACUGACCGGGAUGCCCACACCAAUGGUCGAGUGCAGUACACCUUCCAGAACGGGGAAGAUGGGGAUGGAGACUUCACCAUAGAGCCCACCUCGGGGAUCAUUCGCACAGUCCGCAGGCUGGACCGCGAGAACGUCCCCGUCUACGAGCUGACUGCAUACGCUGUGGACAGGGGCAUCCCUCCUCAGCGAACUCCUGUCCAUAUCCAGGUUACCAUUCAGGAUGUGAAUGACAAUGCCCCUGUCUUUCCUGCUAAAGAGUUGGAGGUCAUGGUAAAGGAGAACAGCAUUGUAGGCUCUGUUGUGGCCCAAAUCACAGCCGUUGACCCGGAUGAAGGACCCAAUGCCCAGAUCAUGUACCAAAUUGUGGAAGGCAACAUCCCCGAGAUAUUCCAGAUGGACAUCUUUUCUGGAGAGCUCACAGCCUUGAUAGACCUGGAUUAUGAGACAAAACCCGAGUACGUGAUUGUAGUGCAAGCCACCUCUGCCCCUCUGGUCAGCAGAGCCACAGUCCACAUCAAACUCAUUGACCAGAAUGACAACAGCCCUGUUCUCAAGAACUUCCAGAUCCUGUUCAAUAACUACGUGUCCAAUAAGUCCAACACCUUCCCCUCGGGGGUCAUAGGGAAGGUCCCAGCUUAUGACCCAGAUGUGUCCGACCAACUCUUCUACACCUUUGAGCGGGGAAAUGAACUGCACUUGUUGAUUGUAAAUCAGUCGAGUGGGGAGCUGAGGCUGAGCCGUAAGCUGGACAACAACCGUCCGCUUGUGGCCUCCAUGCUGGUGACCGUCACAGAUGGGAUCCACAGCGUGACAGCCCAGUGUGUCCUGCGGGUGAUCAUCAUCACAGAGGACAUGUUAGCCAACAGCAUCACAGUGCGGCUGGAGAACAUGUGGCAGGAGCGCUUCCUCUCCCCGCUGCUGUCCACCUUCCUGGAAGGGGUCGCCACCGUGCUUGCGACGCCCAAGGAGGACAUCUUCAUCUUCAACAUCCAGAACGACACAGACGUGGGCGGCACGGUGCUCAAUGUCAGCUUCUCGGCCCUGGCGCCGCGGGGCGGGCGUUACUUCAGCUCAGAGGAGCUGCAGGAGCAGCUGUACAUGAAGCGCAUGGCGCUGACGGGCGCCUCCAUGCUGGAGGUGCUGCCCUUUGAUGACAAUGUCUGCCUGCGAGAGCCCUGCCAGAACUACAUGAAGUGCAUCUCCGUCCUCAAGUUCGACAGCUCGGCCCCCUUCAUCGCCUCCCCUUCCACCCUCUUCCGGCCCAUCCACCCCAUCACCGGCCUGCGGUGCCGCUGCCCACAGGGCUUCACUGGGGACUACUGUGAAACGGAGAUCAACCUCUGUUACUCCAACCCCUGCCUGAAUGGCGGGAUCUGUACCCGCAAGGAGGGAGGAUACACGUGUGUUUGCCGCCAGCACUUCAGCGGUGAGAACUGCGAAGUGGACAGCC